GUUACAAAGGCUAGGACCAUUGAGAAUAUUGAUCCCAGGGUGGCAGGAGAUAAAAUUAUAUCAUUGCAGUUGAUGUACGAGCAGAUUCAUAUUCUAUCUCCACUUGUAGCAGCAAGGGAAUACUAUUUCCUCAGAAUUUGCAAGGAAAUUGAGCAAGGUCUCUGGAUAAUAACAGAUGUUUCCUAUGAUUGUUUUAAGAACAAACAUCAACAUCAGUUACCAUCUCUAAGAUCUUGGAAACUCCCUUCAGGCUGCAUGAUUCGCGAUAUGUGCGAUGGGAAUUCAGAGGUUACAUGGAUAGAACAUGUGGAAGUAGACGAUAGGUCAUCGACUCAGCGUGUGUUCAGAGAUUUAGUCUGUGUGGCUGGUGCAUAUGGAGCUCCAAGAUGGCUAAGUACCCUGGAGAGGAUGAUUGAAAGAUUUGGAUCUGAAUCAGCAUCAAACUCAUCACCCGGGGGAAAAGUGAUCCAUGUUCCUGAAGGUAGGAGAAGUGUAAUGGAUCUAUCUCAAAGAAUGGUGAAAAGUUUUUUUGAGAUGUUAAGUAUGUCUAGUACAGGUAAAAUGGAUUUACCCCACUUAGCUGAACUGAACAAUAAUGGUGUUCGAGUUUCCGUUAGGCAUAGUGAUGGACCUGGUCAACCCGGUGGCAUAAUUGUGAGUGCCACUACCUCUUUAUGGCUCCCUUUACCCGGCCAUAUUCUCUUCAAUUUUCUAAGGGAUGAGAAAACGCGAACAGACUGGGACAUGCUUUCUGAUGGAAACCCAGUAAACGAAAUUGCAAGGAUUUCAUGUGGGAACCAUCCAGGGAAUCGAAUCUCUGUUCUUCAGCCUUUCAAUCCCAAAGAAGGACAGAUGAUGAUGCUUCAAGAAAGUUGUAUAGAUUCAUCUGGGUCAGUUAUAGUGUAUGGACCAAUUGAUUUCCCUGCGAUAAGGUCGGUUAUAAAUGGAGAUGAUUCUGGUCAUAUUCCCAUAUUACCUUCUGGUUUCACAAUCUCUGGAGAUGGCCGGCCUGACAAAACAAACAACAAUGCCGCCGCCGCCGCCGCCGCAGCUGCUGCUUCAACGAGCAGCGACAGUAGUAGCCGGAGCUCCGGCGCUUCAAUUCUGACGGUGGCUUUUCAGAUUUUGGUAUGUUCUAAUCUUCCUAAUGUUAAGGAACUUAGUAUGGAAUCGGUGGCAACUGCAAACACUCUUGUCAGUUCUACAGUUCAGAAAAUUAAAAAUGCUUUGAACUGCCAUGAUGAUCAAUAAUUAUCUCAACACCCCCACCC